GUGCCAAAACUAAUAGGCCAUCAAUUAUAAUUUCCCAUAAACACCAUCAUCGACCCUAAUCCCUUUCCUUUGCUUCACCUCACUUAUCCCAAGACCAAAUAGUCUCUUUUUACUGCAGCAUAAGAAGCCAUGGCUUUCAGCUCAACGGGUCUUUGGAAACGUUCACUGAAUUCUCUCGGAGGCGGCAAAAACACAAACACCUUCGCUAUAUCAACUCUGCCCAAGAUGAAACCAUACUCCCUAGCGGCGGAUCGUCAUCAAUUCGUGAGGAAGUCAUCCUCGUCGUCCUCGUGGUGGCCGCCGAGGGGAGAGUACGCGCCGGUGUACGUGGCGCUGGGGUUCAUCGUGCUGUCGGCGUCGAUGGGGCUGCACAUGGUGGCGCACCAGAUAUUGUACAGCCCGUCGGUGCGGGUGAAGAAAAGCUGGGGGAGACUUUGCCAGAGAUGGUGGAGACGGAGAAGGAAUUUUGGGUUUCAAAGAAGAUGGGAACUUGCAUCUUGCGGCCAAGUCUCUCCAACUUCUUUGUCGAAUAGAAAAGCCUAGAGGUAAGGGAUUUAGGGUUUCAUUUUAAUGAAUAAUAAUAAUAUUAUUAUUAUUAUUAUUAUUAU